GGUUCUCAAAAGGAUUAACAGGGACCUGCCAAUGUUUUGGUUAAAAGAAUCCAGAAAGAGAAGGACUUCAGGGAAACUGAUGGUGUUCCUCUUUCCUCUCAUCAUUGUAUUCAUGAUGAAGCACACCAGUGCCCGGAUGCACUCUCUGAGAUACUUUCGCCUGGGCGUUUCAGACCCUGGCCACGGGGUCCCCGAGUUUAUUUCCGUGGGGUACGUGGACUCUCACCCCAUCACCACGUAUGACAGUGUCACUCGGCAGAAGGAGCCGCGGGCCCCAUGGAUGGUGGAGCACCUCGCGCCGGACCACUGGGAGAGGUACACUCAGCUGCUGAGAGGCUGGCAGCAGGCGUUCCAGGUGGAACUGAGGCACCUGCAGAGGCUCCACAACCACUCAGGGUUUCACACUUACCAGAGGAUGAUUGGCUGUGAGUUGCUGGAGGACGGAAGCACCACGGGGUUUCUCCAAUAUGCGUAUGACGGCCAGGACUUCAUCAUCUUCAAUAAAGACACCCUCUCCUGGAUGGCUGUUGAUAAUGUGGCUCACAUCACCAAGCGGACAUGGGAGGCCAAUCAGCAUGAGUUACAGUAUCAGAAGAACUGGCUGGAAGAAGAAUGCAUUGCCUGGCUAAAGAGAUUCCUGGAGUAUGGGAAAGAGACUCUCCAGAGGACAGAGCCCCCACUGGUCAGAGUAAAUCGCAAAGAAAUUUUUCCAGGGAUUACAACUCUCUUCUGCAGAGCUUAUGGCUUUUACCCCCCAGAAAUUUCCAUGCUCUGGAUGAAAAAUGGGGAAGAACUUGUCCAAGAAAUGGAUUAUGGAGACAUUCUUCCCAGUGGGGAUGGAACCUAUCAGACGUGGGUGUCUGUUGAGCAGGAUCCCGAGAGCAGCGACCUUUACUCCUGCCAUGUGAAACACUGCGACCUACACAUGGUUCAUCAGGUUCCCCAAGAAUCAGAAACGAUCUCUCUCUUGAUGAAAGCUGCUUCCAUCUCCAUUGUCCUCGCCAUUGUCCUGGCUGUAGCUGGUGUUCUAGCAUGGAGAAGGUGGCCCAGAGAGCAAAAUGGCAUCAUCUACCUUCCUGCACCAGAACGAUGAUGGCAGAUCCCUCUCCUUCAGUUCUCUUUCCUCUGGGGGCCAUGGUCUCAUCUGUUCUCCACAGACUCAAGUCCAAUGCUCGAAGCUCUCAACCCACCCACACUCGCAUGGGUGCUAUAGGAUUGAGCAUUUAUGACAGAAAGAUAG